AUGUCCGACACAGCGCGACCAGCGGCCACCGAUGUGGACUCCCCGAAUUUAAUAGGGGCAGUUGACCAAGGCACCAGCAGCACACGGUUCCUGAUUUUUAAUGCAAGUACAGCAGAAGUGGUUACAUACCAUCAGACAGAGGUCAGACACAUUCUACCAAAGGAGGGGUGGGUUGAGGAGGAUCCAGUGGAGAUACUGGAGUCAGUCAAAGUAUGCAUUGAGAAGGCAACAGAAAAUCUCGUGGGAUUGGGGUUCAAAACCACAGAUAUCAAAGCCCUAGGAAUCACCAACCAGAGAGAAACAACCAUUGUAUGGGAUCGGACCACAGGCAAACCUUUGUACAACGCAAUAGUGUGGCUGGACAUGAGGACAGCCUCCACUGUACAGAGCCUCAUUCGGAAAACACCAGGAGAGGACAAAGACUACCUAAGGGGGCUGUGUGGACUUCCUAUAACCACAUACUUCAGUGCAGUGAAGCUCCGUUGGCUCCUGGACAACUCUGAGGUUGUGAGGAAAGCGGCCGAGGAUGGGCGAUGCAUGUUUGGCACUGUGGACUCUUGGCUGGUGUGGAACCUGACGGGAGCGACAGAUGGAGGUCAGCAUGUGACAGACGUGACCAAUGCCAGCCGCACCAUGUUGAUGAACUUGUCCACUCUUUCCUGGGAUGAUCAGUUGUGCUCUUUUUUUGGCAUUCAGAAGAACGUGUUGCCUUUAAUUAAAAGCUCAUCAGAAAUUUAUGGCAAAAUGGCCUUGACUUCACUGAAAGGUGUCAAAAUUUCAGGGAUACUUGGGGACCAGCAAGCAGCUUUGGUGGGACAGUCUUGCUUCAAAGUGGGACAAGCUAAAAACACCUACGGCACAGGCUGUUUCUUGCUCUAUAACACCGGCUUCAAUCUGGUGGAGUCCAAGUCUGGCCUGUUGACCACUGUUGCCUACCAGCUGGGUAGAAACAAACCUGCAGUGUAUGCCCUAGAGGGAGCUAUAGCUAUUGCUGGCGCUGGUGUCCAGUGGUUGCGGGACAAUCUUGGAAUCAUCUCAUCCUCAGCGGAAGUUGAAACACUGGCCUCGGAAGUAGACAGCACCCACGGAUGCUAUUUUGUGCCCGCCUUCUCUGGCCUGUUCUGUCCGUACUGGCAGAAUGAUGCUCGAGGAAUUAUAUGUGGGCUGACCCAGUUCACAAACAAGAAGCACAUUGCCAGGGCAGCACUUGAGGCCGUGUGCUUUCAGACCAAAGAGCUCCUGGACGCCAUGUAUAAAGAUAGUGGACUGGAACUGACCAGCCUCAGAGUGGAUGGUGGAAUGACCAGCAACUCGCUGCUUAUGCAGAUUCAAGCAGAUAUACUUGGGAUUUCAGUUGUGAGACCAGCAAUGACUGAAUCAACUGCCCUGGGAGCGGCUAUUGCUGCUGGAUCAGCAGAAGGAGUGGGUGUCUGGAGGCUGGAGCAGGAGGUUUCCAGUAUUGGCACCAGCGAUGUCUUUGAGCCGACAAUCUCUCUCCAAGAGCGCAUUGAUCGACUUGCACGAUGGAAGGAAGCUGUACAACGCAGCAUGCACUGGGAAACAGCUGGCAGAUCCUCAUAUCUGCGAUUAGGCUUCUGGGACACACUGGCACCUGGCCUGUACAUGUGGGGCAGUUUUGGCCUGAUGCUGCUAGCCAAGUUAAUAGCCAAAUCUGUCCACAGAUGA